CUGUCUUGGAAAUUGUGUUAGAGCAGUCAGGAGUUGCGAGAGAUUGUCAACAUUGACUAAAUUGACUACAGUGAUCCAGUGGUGGCAACUUUUAGGCACAGUUAGUUCAGGGUCAGUGGGUUGUUUGUGCUCAGAGAGGGAAAAGGAAGCUGUGAGUUUGUAGUUUUCGUCGCCAGCAUUGCAGAAAUGUAAAGUGGAGACUGUUUGGGACGUCGUGAAUUAACUUGAGAAACUUUGUCAGCUGCAAAGUUGUGAAAAUGGAAAGCGUGUAGGUGUGUCCUGUGAAACUGUGAAGUCCGGGUGUGAGCUGUUAAACAGGUCAUUGUACUUUUGCCACUCACAUUGUUACAUAAACAACUUUAUCAGCUGAACUUGGCAGAUCAUGUCAGCAUCACCAGCAGCAGCAGCAGCAGGCAGCUCAUCCCAGCAGCGGGUUAAACACAGCGGCUCCCCAACAGCCUCCUGCCCUUCCUGUAGCAACAACACCACCACGGUCCGGUUGCAGCCUAUCCGCGCCACGGUGCCGUACCAGCUUUUGCGUGGAAAUCAGCUCAGCCCAACCCGCUCAGCUUCCUGCUCCUUCACAGUAGCCGGGAGCAACACAGGACCAACGACGUCCCGUUGCUCCAGUCCCGCCAACCCGGGUGGAAGCGGCUCGGACGGCAGGCUGGUCCCCAGGCAGAGACUCUCACCGCCGGACAGCAGGAGCUCACCAGAGCGCUCUCCCUACUCGCCUGUUUCCAAAGCUGAAAGGACAAAAUCCCAGCAGGUGCGGAGCACGGGGGCCAUUUGGCGGACUUCCUCCCUGGGCACCAUUACUGGGCCCUACCUCACUGGGCAGUGGCCUCGUGACCCACAUGUGCACUACCCAUCUUGUAUGAAAGAUAAGUCCACACAGACUCCUGGAUGUUGGAGUGAGGAAAGGAGAGAGAAGAGGAGCACCCACCAGCGCUCUGCAUCCUGGAGCAGCGCCGACCAGCUCAAAGAGCAGAUUGCGAAGCUCCGACAUCAGCUCCAGCGCAGCAAACAAGGAGGACGCCACAGUAAAGACAAGGACCGACUGUCCCCCCUGCAGUGCAACACCAUCACCUACACCGCCCUCACCAGCACCACAAACCACACCUCCACAGCCAGCCAAGUUCAGCAGUUUUCCAUGUCGAAGUCGGCCCAGAUGCCGCUGUCCAACAUCACAGUGCCAAAGCCUUCCAUCUCCAGGGUGCCCAGCAGCAUGGAGGGCAUCAACCAUGAGCUGGAGAAGGUCUUCAUCAAAGACAAUGGAGAGAAAGAGGAGCUCAAGUCCCUGGAGGUUCCUGAUGGGCGGCGGGCACCCUUCCCUCCCCAGCAGCGCAGCAGCAGCACCCGCAGCGUGGACACCCAGACUCCAUCAGCCCCCGGCCGGUCCAGCAGCUGCUCCAGCCUGUCGCCCUGCCCCUCGCCUGCCUGCCCACCAGGAUCACAUGAUGGCAGUCCUUACUCCACAGAGGAUCUACUGUACGACCGGGAUAAAGACAGUGGAAGCAGCUCACCACUGCCCAAGUUUGCCUCCUCGCCCAAACCCAACAACAGUUACAUGUUCAAGCGAGAGCCGCCAGAGGGCUGUGAGAAGAUUAAAGCUUUUGAGGAGAUGAGCUCCAGGCAGUCCACAUCAGCAUCGGUCCCCCUCUUCUCCUGCCCCGACAAAAACAAGGUCAACUUCAUCCCGACGGGCUCGGCGUUCUGCCCCGUCAAACUCCCCGGUUCCCUGCACCUCACCCCGGCCCUGGAGCCCGAGGAGGAUGAGGACAACGCGGAGGCGGCCUCCGGCUCAGAGCCCCAGGGGGCCACAUCGCUCUACGGAGCCCCCACUCAGGUCUCCACGAGCACCAGCACAGACGACCCCCCGGAGGAGCCCGGCUCGCCCUCAGAGACUGCAGACCCCCAGACAGACAGCCCGGCCAUCAGCUAGACCUGAGCAGAGCUGGCCUCUGACUCCGGGAUCCACACUAGCGACCACCGACCAUCACCACUGACUGUCCAACCAACACCUCCCUCUGCUCUGCCAGGGGAGCCUCCGUCUCUCUGUGCUGACCCCCUCCACCCCCCUUCUAUCUCUGCAUGACGUAGCAACAAUGUCCCGAAUAAACACCACCGCCACCACAAAGACUCGCCACCUUAAUAUUCUGUCCUGCAUAAUGUCUGAGCUGUUGUUGGCAGGGAAGGACCUGAUGGUUAAAGGUUAUCAUAUGCAGGCAUCGGAGGGAAGAAUGGAGCACGAUGGAUGGGGGGAGGGGCAUGCAUUUUAAACUGGUAGUAUAUUUCUGAUUAAAUUAUGUGUUGUGUUCUGUUUCAACAUUCACAGUAUGAAUAAGCUCUCUAAACAUAUAUAUACACAUAUAUCUCUAUGAAAAGAAAGAAAAAUGCUUGUUUAAAAAAAAAAUCCAAAACUGUGUAUUGCUGUGUUAUGUACCUAACAGGAAAACAGCUGUACUAUUCAGGAUUAUGUUUACACUAUCCAGGUCACAUUGUUAAACCCUGUCUAAAAAAAAAAUGCAAUGAGAAAAUAAUUUGGGCAACGAGAAAAUAAUGACAAAAUGGCCUCAAAUUGGUUGCACAGUGUCUGCAUCUGGCCUCGCUUCAGGUAUUUCACAAUCAGAGUCUAUACUCAGGUAAUUUGGAAUGUAUGUCCAUACAAAUAUCUGCAGCUUGACAAAGCAGAACAGAUUCACUGUCAUUUAUUCCUGGUUUUUCUCAUUCCCAGACAAAUCAUUCCUUUCUGUUCCAGAGUCCAGUCUGAGACUAGACUGGCGACAGCUAGCUGCAUAGGGUUGAAGACGUGGGCAUCCCCUCACGGUUGCCUUCUCGGACUGGUGGUGGGAUACUGUACGGACCACACACACUGUGACUGAUGGCAUUAAUAGCUGUGUGUGUGUUGAUGGAAGCAUGCUGGACAGAGACUUGGAUGACGUACAGUGGUUGUCUGAUAUUUACGCCUGCAGACGGUAUGUGAUCGGCUCCCCUGAGCCCGUUGACAGUGGACCAGAAGCGGACAAGUCUGCAGUACCGUCUCGUGAAGAUACAAUCAAACUGCAGCAUUUGGAUCUUUAGAGGUGCACAUUGGAGGUAUAGUUGUGCAAACAUUUCUCUGAGGUAGAAAUGAUCUUAUGAGUUAAACCUCAGUUUUGUAGCCAAAGAGUUUUCUUGUGCAAUUCAUCUUAACAUUAUCAAGGCUAGAGCGAGAACGAUACUGUGCUCUGUGGCUGAUAUUUGUGAGUUUAACAAACAAUAACAAUACAUUGGCCAAUAUUUGGUUUUUAAUAUUUUCUUUUUAAUGAGAAUCCCUUUAGGUUGGACGAUCAAAGACUUCUGGCUAAGAGAAGUACCAAACAGGACAUUUCCCAUUUUGAAAAAUCUCUCUGGUUCUCCGUCAGCCAACAUUUCUUCCUGUGAUAUCGGCCAAUAAAACUGGCCUGGCAGAUGUAUUAUAGCUUAAAAAACACAGUUUGGAUGAACAAGAACUAACAAGUAAUUGAUUGGAAAGAAACCCGGUUAUUAAGGCACUAGUCAGUCUUCGUCGGCUGUUUUGCUUUUGCAGAUUUAGAAUGUCGACUUGGCAUCGGAUCUGACAAAACCUGUUGGGUAUUAAAAUCACUCUGAUUGGCAGUUCAGCUCAGUGCAGAGAAACGGAUGUGAGAAAAGGAAAGGAACAACUUCAGUCAAGAGAAUGUUAGAUUGAAACAAACUUGUUAUAUUAGGUAAGAUUAUUUCUUGAACCAUCGAGCUCGCAAAUGUUUGUGUUAAUAUUUGCUAGCACACGUUAAAUAUGCUUUGUUUUUUCAACAUUGGAUUUUGUUGAUUAUGAGCUAACUGGCUAGCUAGCGUCUUAAAUCCGUCCUGUUGUUCGUCACAUUUCCCCUUUUUGAAUGACGAAUACAGACUACCGCCACCUGCUGGCAUGGAGAGUUAUUUCCACACACAGGUGCAGAAUAUACAUGCUAGUUGAGAUGUGUUCAAGCUCAACCUUUCGGCGAAGACACAGGCGUCGUUAUGCGACCUUUGCACUUGCUAGUUCUUUGACAUCUGCUUGGUGUGUCUGGAUCUUAAAACAUCAGACAAAAUGCAACAGGAGCUCAAGUAGUCCUAAAAUCAGUAAUAUUAUACAGCAAUAUCAGUUUAGAUUUUGCUAGCAUUAGCUGAUAUUAGCCACCAUAAGCUAUGAGUCAUACCAGAUGAAGUAAGGCUGUAGCACUUAAGUCUCUAAGUGUAUUGAAUUGACCAACAGUGUUUUUAGGUUCAUGAUUUUAACUUUUCGAUUGCAAAAGGAAACAUUUAUUUCCUCUUUUAAAAGUGACGUGUUCAUACAAAACAGUAGCACAAGCUUCGCGUUAUCCACCAUAAGCUACAAGUCAUCACUUUGCAAAAAAAUCUUGUUUGAAUGGCUGAGAACGAACGAACGCAAUUCUCGUCAGUGAAUUCAGCCACAGCCUACUCUGCCUAAUCUCACUUAUGUUGCAGAACUUGCAGUGCCACGCUAGAGUUAACAUAGCGGUCAGGCAACAGAUGUAAAGCUUGCUGCGCUUACAAUUAUUCCCAUAUCACGCGGUAGUUUGAACUUAGAAUUAGAACUUUUUUAGAGAUAUCAAAGUUUGAAUAUCAGCAACAAAACAAUUCUUUCUUCAGCAGCUUACUUUGAGUAUAAAUGCAAAACGUCUCAAAUGUUUAAAGUUGUCUAAACACAAACAGGUGCUUGCACAGUCAUUCUUAUUAAACAACACACAGCCUCACCCUAAUUGGUGAAGUGAUGAUUUAAAGCUGCGCUGAUAAAUAUUCUUCUAUCCAAAAUUAAUCAAAUGGCUUUGUUCAGUGUGAAAGGGUUCAGUUGUAGUGAUGAACCCACGGAGUAUUUCACCCUCUAUUUAGCUCAUUGUUUUGGUUUUAAACUCCCUCUCUUUACUAUCUGCCAACCACCAGAUGUUAUACAGAGAGUGGAUCAUUAAGCAGCUAAAGCCAGAUACAUCUUAAGAGUAGCUGAGGAUGCUAAUGUUGCUCUGUGUCUGCUGGAUAUGAGAAAGCAAUUGUCGUUUAGCUUGUUCUACUGCCCCUAAAGCCGCUUUCCCACCAGACAUUUUCGGUGUAGAGGUGGUACUUAACCUGUAAGGACAUGUGCCUAAAUACUAGAUCUGUCCAGCAUUUCCAGUGAGACAGCGCUAGGAGGAGCUCUCUGUCCAGUUCUCGCUGUAUUUCCUCUUCACCUGUGAUGCAGAGGAACGUCUGCACCUCACUGCAAAAACAACUGCUCUAAUGUGUCACCAACUGAACCUGACAGCUUGCCUGAAACCAGAAAAAUAAUUAUAAAUGCAGCUUUGAAUCAAAAACUACCUGAUAAUAGAAUCAGUAAACAUUACAAAUUGGACGCCAGUUUUCUGUACAGUUUUGCAAAGUAAGUGCUAUAGACGCAGUAGCACUUUUCGGCCAGUACCACGAAAGUAUUUAGGUUGGACACCCGUUCCUGGGCGACAGUAGCCACACAGUUUGCACAAGCUAUAAACGAACUAUAGCCAUACAAGAUGAAUGUUUGCACAACCUCUAACUCCAAUCUGCAUAUCUAAACUUAGACUGUUCUGAUAAUCCAGAUAAUUUCUAUUCCAUUAAAUGCAUUCCAUGAGAUUUUAGCAUUUGAGACAUAAAUAGACUCAUGAUGAUCCAUUCCUAAAAUAUCUCUCAGCCUUUUGAUUUGAUCGCUUUAAGAGACUAGCUACAGUACUAAGAGAUGUUUGGUUGCAGAUACAGUCGCGCCUUCAUGUGUUUGAUGCACAGAUAAAAGGAUCACACUGGCCUGCCUCCCUCUCACUGUCUGUCUGUUAUUACUGAGUGUUGUAGGCACCCUGAUGCUACCACCAAGCAACAAAACCUGAACAUCUCAUGUAUCCUCUAGGCUGUUAAAUGAGCAUCGCCAUGCCCAAGUGUAAAUGAUACACCACUUUCAUUUGCAAGAGUGAAGCAUAACCCACGUUUAUUUUGAUAUCUGGUGUGCUUGUGGAAUCCCUGCAUUGACGCUCCAUUCAUAUUUUGUAUAUAUGUGGCUUUUAAAGAGGCUCAAUGCAAUGUUGUGGUUUCUUAAAACAUUUCAGCACCUUACCAAGAGCUAUGGCUUUCCCAAUGUCCCACAUAUACUCGGCAUUGGUAAACUAGAUGUGUGCAAUAAUAGGAAAAAAAAAAAUCAAAAAAACGUGUUGUCCUCCCGGAUGUUGUCCGUUCUUUGACACAAGCGUCUCAUCUUGCAUUCCUUUGGUUUUGAGCAUGGGGGCUGGAUCAGCAAGUAGUUUGUUGCUAAAGCCAUCAACUGAUACAAAACCAGCACUGAGAGUGACCAGAGCACAUCACUGGCAGGUCAGAGUGUUCAUCAACUCACUACAUGAUACUCCUUGUGUAACCUGCAGUGUCAAAGUUCAUGCACAAUGGCAAUAAAAAGACUAUUGGUUGUUUUGUCCA